GAACGGCCCACUGCCUCACAGGCUCUGUACAUGUUGUCCUAAGGGCAGUGGAAAAUCAUCAGAGAAUUUCAGCUCAAAGAAUAGCAUGGUUUGGGUUACGUUCCCACAAUCGAAGGGCACCUGAUCUUCCUUCAAAGAUUCCCAGCACAACUGAUUGCUUGGCAGCAUGGAAGUGGAGGAAGACGACCUGUCUCUGUUGACAUCUCUGCUGGAGGAGAACACAUCCACCUUGGCUUGUAAUUCCUCAUCCCGGGAAGACCUUGAACCUGACGUAUUCGAUGAGCUUUUUGAUGCUGACGGUGACGGUGAAUCUUACACAGAAGAGGCUGAUGAUGGAGAGGGGAAGACAGAACAGGCGGAAGGUGUGGCCGCUCUCUUUGGAGACGUAGGGGACUUAACGGACAAUGAAGAAGUUCUUCCGUCUCAGCCUCCGAGCCGAAUCCCCACUGCUCCUGCCCCCAGUCAAGAGAAAACCAAUCAGGAGCUACAAGAUGAAUUAAGGAAGUUGCAAGAGCAGAUGAAGUCCUUACAAGAACAACUAAAAGCAGCAUCAAUUAAACAGCCUUCAAGCCCGGCGCUUCCUCACAAACCCCCCGAAGGUAAAUCUACAACGCCCUCGCUUAAGGAGAACAAAGUUCGGCGAAUUCAGGAGUCAACACGCUUUUCUGCAGAGCUUGAUGUCCCUGCUCUACCUAGAGCCAAGCGGGUGUCUCGGACGCCGAAAACUCCUGCAGACCCCAAAAGCUCAUCUCCAAGAACGACAAGCAUGCCCUCUCAGCCACUGCACACUAUUCCUGGAAACAAACCUAGUGGGAUGACUAGCAAUCACAGCUCAGAGACCCCAAGGAGUUCUGGGGAACGAGCUCCACCGGCUCCCCAGGUCUCUGUGGAAGCCUUCUCAGGCCUGCGGCUCAGGCGGCCUCGAGUAUCCUCCACAGAAAUGAACAAGAAGAUGACCGGUAGGAGACUGAUCAGACUGUCUCAGAUCAAGGAAAAGAUGGCAACUGAAAAGCUAGAAGAAGUGGACUGGGUGUCCUUUGGGGUCAUACUGAAGAAAGUUACUCCACAGAGUGCUAACAGCGGGAAAACGUUUAGCAUCUGGCGACUGAAUGACCUCCGUGACCUGACGCGGUACGUGUCGUUGUUCUUGUUUGGAGAAGUUCACAAAGAACUCUGGAAGACAGAGCAAGGGACUGUCGUGGGCUUGCUCAAUGCCAACCCCAUGAAGCCCAAGGAUGGUUCAGAGGAGGUGUGCUUAUCCAUUGAUCACCCUCAGAAAGUCUUAAUUAUGGGAGAAGCUCUGGACCUGGGAACCUGUAAAGCCAAGAAGAAGAAUGGAGAGCCCUGCACACAGCCUGUUAAUUUGAACGACUGUGAGUACUGUCAGUAUCACAUCCAGGCCCAAUACAAGAAGCUCAGCGCAAAGCGGGCUGACCUGCAGUCCACCUUCUCCGGGGGACGAGUUCCAAAGAAGUUCAAGGGUGCCAGCCUCAAAGAGCGGCUGUGUCAGGAUGGUUUCUACUACGGAGGCGUUUCUUCUGCCUCCUACGCAGCCUCCAUUGCAGCAGGUAUUGGACGCAAGAAGAUUCAAACCACUCUAACUAACCUGGUUGUGAAGGGCACAGGCUCCAUCAUCCAGGAAACACAGCAAAAGCUUGGAAUUCCCCAGAAGAGCUUGUCUUGUUCCGAGGAGUUCAGGGAACUGAUGCGCUUACCCACGGUUGGAGCCAGAAACUUAAAACAACACUUAGCCAGAGCCACGGCUUCAGGAGUCUCGGAGAGCCCAAAACCUGCCAUCCAGUCCAUCUCGGCAUCAGCCCUCUUAAAGCAGCAGAAGCAGCAGAUGUUGGAGAUGAGGAAGAGGAGAUCAGAGGAGCUUCAGCGACAAGGUCUACAAAGCUCCAGUGACGUUCCGAGCCCAGCUGUGCCAUGCUCAUCCCAGCAGCCUGCUGCCCAGUCUCCACGAAUAGGGGCCGAGUUCCCCAGGUUGGAAGGGGCCGCAACCCCACAGAUGCCCAAGCUUGGCAGAGGCAUCUCGCAAGGGGACGAUGUUCUCUUUUUUGAUGAGUCACCACCACCAAGACCAAAACUGAGUGCAGCCGCCGAAGCUAAAAAGUUAGCUGCUCUCGCAAAAUUAAGGGCAAAAGGCCAGAUUCUCACAAAAACAGAUCCAAACAACAUUGUAAGGAAGCUGAAAGGCCCCCAAGAUGUGCUGGAAGUGAAGGAGCGUGUAGAAAAGAACAACGCAUCUCCAGAAGCAGAGGAUGAGUUAGAGCCGGCCAAGAAAAGAAGAAGAGAGCAGCUUGCCUACCUGGAAUCUGAGGAAUUCCAGAAAAUUCUAAAAGCCAAGUCAAAACACACUGACAUCCUGAGAGAGACUGAGGCUGAGCUGCAGGAAUCCUAUUUCGAGCCACUGGUGAAAAAAGAGCAAAUGGAGGAAAAGAUGAGGAACAUCCGGGAAGUGAAGUGCCGGGUUGUGACGUGCCAGACGUGUGCCUACACCCACUUCAAGCCCCUGGAGAGCUGCGUCAGCGAGCAGCACGGCCUCCGCUGGCAUGAUGGCGUGAAGCGGUUCUUCAAGUGUCCCUGUGGAAGCCGGACUGUCUCCCUCGACAGGCUCCCAAAUAAGCACUGCAGUAACUGUGGCCUCUACAAAUGGGAGCGGGAUGGAAUGCUGAAGGAAAAGACUGGUCCAAAGAUAGGAGGAGAAACCCUGUUGCCAAGAGGGGAAGAACACGCCAAGUUUCUGAAUAGCCUUAAAUGACCCUAACUUCAAACAUCUCCACAUCCCACCUUGCUUCUGGUGACUCUGGCAAAGCAAGAGAUUGGUUCUCUAUUUUCCAUUGGCCUGAUAGACACUGUGAGAAAGAAAUGCUUGGUGAGCCCGUCGGUCUUGCCUGCAUUCUUUCUUCUGAUGUGUCAGCUCGACCCCAUAGUUGACAUUCACACAUACGUGGAAAUCAUGAUGCCGUGUCUCUGUGCUCACCACAGGGGAGAGCUAGGGAAGUACAGGAACGUUCGCUCCAGAACUGAAAGAUGAGCCGAGAGCUGUGCCCCUUCCCCUGAGUUACAGGGUGGAUACGUUCCUUACGGUGAGGUCACAGUCUAGUGUGAUACAUACGGACGGAGAGAGAGUGCCGUGAGCACACCGUGAUGUUGUGCAGCUUUGAGCUAGGAACAUGUAAAGUCUCACCAUUUUUCAGUAUGGAUUUAUUUAUUUAAGUAUAGCUUCAAGGUUCUUUUACACUCCUAAUAAAAGCGCAUGUACAGGGGCUGGAGAAAUGGCUCAGCGCUUGCUUACAAAGCCUGAUGGCCUGGGUUCGAUUCCCCAGUACCCAUGUAAAGCCAGAUGCCCAAAGUAGCGCAUGUGUCUGCAGUGGCUUACCCGUUCUCCCUCUCUGUGUCUUCCUCGCUCUCAAAUAAAUAAAUGUUUUUAUUAAAAGAAAGCUGUUUUUAAAAGCAUAUUGAGAGCUUGAUUAGCUGUGGAGUAUGACUGAAGAAGAAAUGGUCUGAGGAGAAUCCCACAGGGUUUGGGGUUGCCCAUAUACUUAUAUACAUCAAGUGAAUUUAAGGUUCAAAACCUAUACAAAUUACCCCAGCAAACAAUUCUGCUUUAGGAGUUUUUAUUCUGUUUGUUUUUCCCCGAGGUAGGGUCUCACUGUAGCCCAGGCUGACUUGGACUAACUCACUUUGUAGUCCCGGGCUGGCCUUAAACUCACUGAGAUUCUCCUACCUUGGCCUCCCAAGUACUGGGAUUAAAGGCAUCUGCCCCCAUGACUGGCAGUGUAGGAGAUUCUAUUGCCCGGGCAACCUGAUUUUUCAAGUACCAUUUGAACCACAUGAACACUGGUACUGUCUGCGGGUUGAUGAAAUUGGUCCAAUUCUUGUGCUGGAAUUUGAACUCUUAACUGGAAGAGUCGGUUUCCUCCAAGACGGCAUCAUGUGUGGAAUGUGAUGCCUAAGGGAGAUAGUUAGAGAAGGGAGUUGGUUUAGGAUUUCAAGAUCCAGAGAUAAAGUUCACAAGCCUGGGGUUUCAUACAGCUUUGCUCUCUGGGAAGAAAGUGCUAGAACUAGUAUUGUGCUUUUAGGAGUAUUUCACUUGCCAGAAGGGGUUUUAAUUUGUUUUUUAAUUUAACUAACAAAAGAAGAAAAUGUUAUUAAUAAGAACCAAAAAGCACUUGAAACUGAUGAUUUUAAGUGCUCAUAUAGAAUAGACGCUUGUCCCGUCAACUUGAAGCAGUAAUGUGUACAUAGUAAUUAAAAAUCAUACUUGAACAGCAGGUUGUGUUUUGAUGGAGUAAACUUUGUAUAAGAAAAAACGUUUGAGAGCAUGCAUGUCCACUCGUGUGCUUUUCAUGAGAUGUUCAGUAUGCUUGGAAAGCCUCAUGGUGGCCUGAACCUGGAUGUCUUUCCUUUUAAAUUUUGAUUUUUAAGUAAUUUGAUAGUCUAACGGAGCUACUUCUCAUUUGCACUGAAUCUCAGGAGCUUCCAUGUGAGGGACCUUUGGGUGCCCAAGGGUGAGAUGCAGUAGAGAGGGGCACACACCCAGAAGCCUUCAAAGUAUUCAUCAGUGAGACUUAUUCUAAUUCCGCCUUACAAUGCUUUUUGUCAAUGUGUAUUAAAUACUUUCGUACAAACACA